AGGCUUGCAUGGUAAAAUUGUCAUUAGAAAAAAUUAAAAAUGGCUACAGGGAAAUACUCUAGGCUUGAUGACAAGAAAUCAUCAUGGUCUGGUUAUUGCUCAACGGCGACUAUAGUGGUUUUCGUAGCCCUGUGCUUAGUUGGGGUGUGGAUGAUGACAUCAUCAUCUGUUGUUCCGGUACAAAAUACGGAAGUCGUGGGUUCUCAAUCUCAGGAGAGCAUGAGUGAAUUGAAGACACAAAUGGGUGAGAGCAGUAGUAGUAGUAAUGAUGGCGAGACGAGGAUGAGUUCAGGCGAUGAGCCAAAGUCAGCAUUCGAGAGUAGCAGUAGCAAUAGCAGUAGAAGUGAGAGCAACAAUAAUAAUAAUAAUAAUAAUAAUAAUAAUAAUAAUGCUACUGACUUGGAGAAUAGUUCAGGUGACGAUGAGGCCAAGUUAAAACCAUUCGAAAGCAGUAGUAGUAGUAGCAGCAGCAGCUUUGAGAGCAACAAUAAUAAUUUUAAUGCUAGUGACGAGAAUAGUAGUUGGGGUGAUGAUCCAAAGCCAAAGCCAAAUCCAUUCAAGAAUGCUACUAGUUCAGGUGAUAUAGAUGAGGCCAAGUCAAAACCAUUGGAGAGCAAUAAUAAUUUUAAUGCUUCUAGUGAUGAGAAUAGUAGCUCAUUCAAGGCUAGUCCUGGUAACUUACCUGUUGAUGCAACUAUAAAUGACACUGAUGAAAAAAAUACAAUAACUAGUAUCGAAGAUGCAAAAAGCAGGCAAGAGGUGAUUGAAGAGAAACCCCCCAAGGAAGAGAAAAAAGAUAAUGUGGAAAUUGUAGAAGCACCCAAGGGAUCAGAGGAUAAAGAUGGUUCAGAAACAGGAGAGAAAAAUAUUGAAAACAAGUCUGGAGAAGAAAAAGUAGUCUCGGAUGUGAAUAAUAUUGAUGCUGAAAAGAAAGAAAUGAAAGAUGGUGAAAUAGAAGAAGAGAAGGGGGUAGUGGAGGAUAAAAAGGAGCAGGUGGAAGGUGGUUCUGGUGAGACUAACACUUCUCCGGUUCAAUCUCCACUCCCAUCAUCACAAGUAGCAAAAAUAUAUGAAGGUUCUGGUGAAAAGGUAGUGUCUCUGGAUGAAGCUUUCGGUGAUGAGAAAAAUGGUGAGACCCAUCAUCAAGAUAACAGUAGUUCUCCGGUUCAAUCUCCACUCCCAUCAGAUGUACCAAAAACAAAUGAAGAAGGUGAGAAUAAAGAGGGUUUGAGUGAAGUGUUUCCUUCAGUGGCUCAGUCUGAGCUUUUGAACGAAACAAACACACAAAAUGGGGUAUUUCCAACCCAGGCAAUGCAGUCAAAGAAGGAAAAGUCUUUAAAAUUAGAUAAAGCCGCAGGAAAUGGGUACAGCUGGAAAGUGUGCAAUGUGAGUGCUGGGUGUGAUUACAUCCCUUGCCUUGAUAAUCUGGAAGCCAUUAAGAAUCUCAGAACUACAAUGCAUUAUCAACACAGGGAGAGACACUGUCCCAAUGAUCCGCCCACUUGCCUUGUUCCACUUCCCACAGGAUAUCAACGCUCAAUUAAGUGGCCUAAAAGUAGGGAAAAGAUUUGGUACCGUAAUGUUCCACACACCAAGCUUGCAGAUUUUAAGGGACAUCAAAAUUGGGUGAAGGCUAAUGGUGAAUACCUUACCUUCCCUGGUGGGGGAACCCAGUUUAUGCAUGGUGCUCUUCAUUAUAUUGAUAUUAUACAGAAGUCUGUGGGUGAGAUUGCAUGGGGAAAACGAACACGUGUUGUAUUAGAUGUUGGGUGUGGGGUUGCGAGCUUUGGAGGCUAUCUUUUCGAUAGAGAUGUGUUGACUAUGUCAUUUGCUCCCAAAGAUGAGCACGAAGCUCAGGUUCAGUUUGCACUGGAAAGGGGUAUUCCUGCUUUAUCUGCUGUCAUGGGUACAAAGAGACUCCCCUUCCCUGGUAGAGUCUUUGAUGCUGUCCAUUGUGCACGCUGCAGGGUGCCCUGGCAUAUUGAAGGUGGGAAACUUCUGUUGGAGCUGAAUCGUAUGCUCCGUCCUGGUGGUUACUUUGUGUGGUCUGCCACACCAGUGUACCGCAAAAAUCCGGUGGAUUCUGGGAUCUGGAAAGAGAUGACGAAUCUGACCAAGUCAAUGUGCUGGGAUUUAGCUUCAGUUACUAGGGACAGACUUAAUAAAGUAGGUAUUGCCAUAUAUAGAAAGCCUUCUUCCAAUGCGUGCUAUGAACAAAGACCACAAGAUGACCCUCCACUCUGCCACCAAACCGAUGAUCCCGAUGCAACCUGGAAUGUGGAUUUACAAUCUUGCAUGCACAAAGUGCCUACCGACCCAACAGAACGGGGGUCUAAGUGGCCAGAAAUGUGGCCUGCUAGGUUGGAAAAACCUCCUUAUUGGUUACUGAGUUCCCAGACAGGUGUGUAUGGGAAACCAGCCCCAGAGGAUUUCGCUGUUGAUUAUCAACACUGGAAACGAGUGGUCACCAAGACUUACCUCAAUGGAUUGGGAAUCGACUGGUCUACUGUUCGGAAUGUCAUGGAUAUGCGUGCCAUCUAUGGAGGAUUUGCAGCAGCUCUUAAGGAGUUGAACGUAUGGGUUAUGAACGUUAUUUCAAUAGAUGCUCCUGACACGCUACCCCUAGUGUACGAGAGAGGUCUGUUUGGAAUGUAUCACGACUGGUGUGAAUCAUUCAGCACAUACCCCAGAUCUUAUGAUCUUCUCCAUGCUGAUCACCUCUUCUCCAAGAUUAAAAACAAGUGUGGCUUAUCAGCAUUGGUUGCAGAGGCUGAUAGGAUCUUGAGACCCGAAGGAAAGCUCAUAGUUCGCGACACUUUGAUCGUUAUAGCUGAACUGCAAUCGAUGUUGAGGUCUAUGCACUACGAGAUUCGAACGACAUAUUCAAGGGACAAGGAAGGACUGCUCUGUGUGAAGAAGACAAUGUGGCGCCCCAAGGAAGUGCAAACACUCACUUAUGCAUCAAUUCAGUAAGCUAACUUACGUUAGCAUGCAGCCACCCUAGCUGCCUUCCUGCAUGCCUCUUCUUUAAUUUAAUUUCUUACCAUGCAUCACACUACAUACAACUACCUUAGCUACAUACUCUUUUCUGUCAUCAUCAUGUAUGUAGUGUUACCAAUCAAUUUCUGGCCUGCAGAUAAUUAACUGUAUGUGUAUUAUUCUUCAACUUACUACAUUUAAUUUGGUUUAUUAAUUAGCUAGGUUACUUGAAUUGAAUAGUGUUGACAACAUUAUUGUACCUCUAGUUGUACGUCUAGGGUAGAUAGACCAACA